GUGUAGGUCACAGGCUGUGGAUGCCCUAUUUGUCCUCUGUACCUUUAAGGGAACCACGCACCUUUUUCAUCCAGCAGAUUCUGUGUGAUAUGAACUAUCAUCAAUUUACGGGAACCUUUAUUCCGUGAGUGGAGCAGAUGAGGAGAGACUGAUGCUGGAGGGAGCAGUCUUUGUUUUUUGUCAGAACAAAAGCUUAGGAUAAAAUGUAUAAUUUGACUUAUUAAUUCACAUGGAAUCAAGUUUUUUUUCUGCUGUAAUUCCUACUCUUGUGCGUUAACAUUUUUUUAAUCUUUCCUUUUCUUUGGCUAGAAUUCAGAUAUGUGUAUUUUUGCAGUCCGUGUGUUUUUGGGAAUCCUUCUUUGUGCACCAUACCAGUGCUUGGAGUGUCCUUUUGGCUGCGAGUGUUUUGCUGUCACUCGCACAGUGAAAUGUGUUUCUAAGGAUCUGCUCACGGUGCCACAAAGUGUUCCAGGAUAUGCAAGGACUGUCAUCAUCACAGGGAAUAAUAUACACCAGAUUGCACCUGAUUCGUUUACAGAGAUGGAGAAUGUCACCAACAUAAUUUUAAGCAAUAAUAGAAUUACAGAGAUGGCAUCCCACAGCUUCUCUGUCCUCAUCAACCUGCGCUUCCUGGACCUCAGUGGGAACCAGCUGGCCCUCAUCCAUCCGGAGGCUCUCAGUAUACCCGGCAGUCCCCUUCAGGAGCUCAACCUGAGCCGUUCGCUGUACAACUUCACCGCCCUGACAGACCUCACCACGGCUCUACGCUGGGGGGGCCUCGGGGGUCUCCUCCGCCUCGACCUCUCUGGGAACCACCUCGCCCUGCUUCCCCCAGGCAUGUUCUCCCACCUUCCCAAUCUGCAGCAGCUCUUCCUCACCAACAACUCUCUGGUAGCUGUCUACAGUGGGACGUUCUCUGGUAUGAACCAUCUGGAAGUGCUGGACCUGACACAGAAUGCCUUCAGAAUAUUCAGGGCCGAUGCUCUACAAGAGCUGGAGAAGCUCGGGAAUAUCCACAUCCAUCUUGGUAACAACCCUUAUACUUGCUCUUGUGAAAUCCAUAAUUUUGUCACUUGGCUGAAUGAAUCAAGAGCUCUGCUAGAUGUGGAUGCUGUGAGAUGUGCUUCACCUGGAGAGUUAACCGAAGCCCGUCUGCAAAGACUCAGUGUCCAGGCUAUUGGGUGUGUUGUUCCAGUCCAAGCAGGGGUGGCUGACCUCACCCUCCAGACAUCUUAUGUUUUCCUAGGGCUGGUGCUGGGGUUUGUGGGGAUGGUCUUUCUUUUUGUGCUCUACCUGAAUCGCAAAGGCAUGAAGAAUUGGAUCAUUGAAAUGAGGGAUGCAUGUAGAGACGUUAUGGAGGGAUAUCACUACCGAUAUGAGAUCGACUCGGACCCCCGGCUGGGGCACAUUACAGCAAAUAAGGGUGGCAGCCGGGCACAAGCGCAUUUAAGAUUAGCUCUGUCACAGCAGCUGCCAAAUGAUAUCUGCAUUGUCCAGGUUCCCACAGACACACAGAUCAAACAGGUGACAACCUUCCCACCUAUGAACUUAUGAUCUCUUACUGAAACUAAAAUCAUUAAACAAAAUAUGAGCUUGGUGUAGAUAUGGAUAGUUUAGGCCAGUACAUUUAUAAACUAAUUUUAUGUUUUUGUACUUACUGCAGUUAUAACUGAUAAAUCUCACCCUAAAAGUGCCUUCGUGUUUUUGAGGCACUGUAGCAUUGUAUAUGUAAAUUGACAUUAAUAUUGUUUGUUUGUCAUACAUUUUCUAAGAAAAUAUCACAUAAGACAGAUUGAAUUUACACAAAAAUCUCAGUUAUUGUUAACUAACGUUUUUCUUUGUUUUUUUGUAUCAUCAGAAGACUGCCUGAUAAAUAAAGGAAAUAGAUGGUAGAUCAUUGGCAUGGAAAAUGUAUGUUGACCUAAGAAACUGUACUCCAUAGGCACCCAGUAAAUUUUAGAAUAGGUCUAAAAAAAAAAGUAAAUCCCUGAAUUUAGACAGCUAUGUGUUACUGAGUAGUAUUUAUAACGUAAUCAGUAUUACAAUAGUCUAAGGAGUAGAUAUUAAAGCCACUGUAUGAUGUGAAACCUGUAUUUACAUUGAGGAUAAAUAAAGUGACAU